AUGGCAUCCAUUGACAUCCUUAUCUCCUUAUCUAAGGUGGUGGCAACGAGACCAUCACCUUGUCUCAAUGCGCACUGCAGCGCGUUUGCCUAUGUGGAAGGCCUGAACUCCACUUAUACUGAUGGCGAAGCCUCACGACCAGUGUCAGUGGUGGUUCCAGCGACCUCCAUGCAGUUCCAGUCCCUUCCUAUGCUGGUCAAGACGGUGUUGACGGAUGAGAUCUCCUUCACCUUCACUCCUGAGGCGACAGACCAAGGUGCCCUUGCAACCAUUCCGGGCAAUCUCUACACCAUGGUGGUGACCGAAUUGCAAGCGCCACUUCUGACCAGGAGCUCGGUGAGGACCAUGACAGGUGCCUUGGGUGGUGCGAAUUGCCAGGUGAACGGGCAGAGCACGGUGGGAGGAAACCCGGUGCAGACUCUGAGUCAGGUGCCCGUGACUUUGACAGAUUGCCAACUGAGACAUGGCACCAACUACCAGCUGGUCACCUACAUCGAGGACACCAACGCGCGCUCCGAUGGCACCCUCUACUUCGUUUCCAUCAAGACACCAGCCGGCACCUCGAAUGACUUCACGGACUUCCCCAUCAUGGUGGGCAACACCACUGCGACCUGGCCGGAAAAAAAAGGGUGA